GCGCACAAAUCCCAACUCCAGUCGAAGAUGGAUGUUCGAUACUUGAAGAAUACCUACCCGGACUUCCCCAGAAAGGGCGACAACACAGCGGCCUACGAUGAAGAGCCCAUCAAAGACCUAAUCUCCACCUACGUGAAGAGCAUCUUGGAGACCUGCAAGCCCCAGAAGGAGGAUCGCGGAGACCUGUACGUGGGCAACGCGGGCAUAGCCUACAUGUUCUGGAAGCUGUCGCGCAGCAGGCAUACCCGUGAUCUGUGGCCCACAGCCUUGCAGCACGCCUCGACGUUCAUACGCAAGGCCAAGGCGAAUGCCGAGCUCUUCAAGAGGCGUUCGUCGCUGCAGAGCUACUCGUUUCUCUGCGGCAGUGCUGGCAUCUAUGCGGUGUCCGCAGCCAUCUCGGAGGCCCUCAAGGACCCCCAGGGGCUGUCCAAGGACUUGGCGAGCUUUAGGGCGGCCAUGCCUUCGGACAAGGACACCGGCGGCUGCGAUGAGAUAUUGGUGGGACGUGCCGGCUAUCUGUCCGGCUGCUACUGGCUGAACGACGUGCUGGCGGACCAGAAGAUCCCCGACGAGGACCUGAUCGCCGUUUGCCAGGACAUAGUGGCCAGCGGUCGCCAGUACAGCGCGAAGAACCACUCCCACCUGCCGCUGAUGUACGCCUUUCACGGCACGGAGUAUCUGGGAGCCGCCCACGGACUGUCCGGCAUUCUGCACAUGCUCCUGGAAAGUCCGUGGUUCCGCAAGGGCCACUCCCUGGCCUCAGAAUCGUCGUUGUUUGACAUAUCCGCUCCUGCGGACGUAUUGCACGACCUCAAGCGCUCCAUCGACUGCAUUCUCACGCUGCAGAAUGACGAGGGAAACUUUCCCAUCACCCUGGAGGAGGGCAACGACAGGCGGCUGGUGCAGUGGUGCCACGGUGCGCCCGGUGUCGUCUAUCUGCUGGCCAAGGCCUACCUGAUCUUCAAGGAGCACAAGUACUUGCAGGCCAUAGAGCGCUCAGCCGAUUGCGUGUGGCGCAGGGGCUUCCUCCGCAAGGGUCCUGGCAUCUGUCACGGUGUGGCCGGCAAUGCCUACGUGUUUCUGCUGCUGUUCCGCCUGACCCACGACACGAUUUACCUCUACAGGGCCCACAAGUUCAUGGAGCUGCUGACCAGCGACGAGUUCAAGCAGAAGGCUCGCGUCCCCGACAGACCCCACAGCCUGUACGAGGGUGUGGCCGGGACUGUUUGCUAUUUGGUGGAUCUGCUCGAGCCGGAGGAGGCCCACUUUCCCUUCAUGGAUGUGUUUCACUAGGAAAAGCAUGGGGCAGGCUUAAAGGAGGGGUCUGAGGUCACGGCCAAGGCUCGGAGGUUUAAAGCUAGGUCCUUCUUUAAGGUCCUCGAUAAAUGAAUCAAAAUUAAACAAAUAUUCCCCCAACCCAA